AACGAUAUAACUUCUAUUCUGCAUUUUAUAAAAAGGAGAAAUCGCACGAGUUCUCCAGCACAUAUGUACAUCAGCUGAUUCUCCCACUCUCUCAUUUUUCAACAGACAGUGUACUCGAAUCGACACCGACUAGAAUCUAGUCACUAGAUAAUAGAAUUGGCUACGUCGACGUACUGUUUUUUCCAACAUUGUCAAUAAAGAAAUCAUCGAACAACGACAACAUCGUGAAAACUAAUGGCAAAUCAUGAAAUUGUCAGAUCGAAAAGGUUUAAGAACUGCAUAUCGAGGGUGGUAUGUAGACAUAGGACCAGUUGUAGGAACAUCAGAUAAAAUAUGGACCAUUUCCUUAAAUGAAGAAUCAUCAAAGACACCAAUUGUUUUGUUGCAUGGUUUAGGAGCUGGUGUAGCAUUAUGGUGUUUAAAUCUUGAUGCACUGGCUUCUCAUAGGCCAGUGUAUGCAGUUGAUAUAUUAGGUUUUGGAAGAAGUAGUCGUCCUGUUUUUAGUAAUGAAGCACAAGAAGCUGAAAGUCAAUUGGUUCGUUCUAUUGAGGAAUGGAGAAGGGAAAUGCAAUUGGAAAAAUUUGUGCUGUUAGGCCAUUCAAUGGGUGGUUUUCUUGCAGCAUCAUAUAGUAUGCAAUAUCCCGAAAGAAUUAAGCAUCUGAUUCUUGCUGAUCCUUGGGGAUUCCCUGAAAGACCUGUAGAACGAAUUUCCAGAGCUCCUAUGUGGGUAAAAGUUAUAGCAUAUAUAAUGGAACCGUUAAAUCCAUUAUGGCCAGUUAGAGUAGCUGGUCCAUUUGGACAGUGGCUAAUUGAAAAAACGAGGCCAGAUAUAGUAAAAAAAUUUUCACCUGUAUUAAAAGAUGAUACUGCUGUGAUUUCACAGUAUUUGCAUCAGUGUAAUGCUCAAACACCAUCUGGUGAGAGUGCGUUUCAUGCAAUGAUGCAACAUUUUGGUUGGGCCAAAAAUCCUAUUGUCAGAAGAAUGGAUAAAUUAAGUCCAGAAAUUCCUAUAACUCUUUUGUAUGGUAGUCGAUCUUGGGUCGACAAUUCUUCUUGGGAAACACUUAAACAUGCUAGAUCAUCGUCAUACAUUAAUGUUCAGGCAAUCACAGGAGCAGGACAUCAUGUUUAUGCUGAUAAAAGUGAAAUUUUUAAUAAAUAUGUAUUAGAAGCAUGUAAUCUAAGUGAUUCGAUACCCCAUUUAACAGUAUCAGAUAUUCGUUCAAACAUUAAGACCAUAAAUGAGCAACAAAUUUCACUUAUCUUAGCAAACGAGCAAGUUGAUUCUAAGGCCGUGCAAGAACAGGAAUUAAAUACGCCGCAAACACGAUCUAGUUAAAAUUGUAUUGUUACAUCGUAUUUCUUUGACUUUAAAAUACAGUUGGGCAAACUGUAUGACUUAUGUGAUUUAGAUUAGAUAUAUAUGUACAGCGACAUACCAAACAACAAUCGCGUGUUAAUAUUAUUGUACCAUUUAAUUUAUGUUUAUAAUUUUUAAAGUUGUUUUAAACAUAACAGUACUCAAUUAUUAAUUUAGCUUCAUUAGCCCAUGUUUUCGAACAUUGAAUGUUGAAGUGUCAAAUUUUUUCAUAAAUUCCAAUUUUUUCGGAUGACUAUAGAUAUACUUUAUGAACAUUGGAUGACUAUAGAUAUACUUUAUGAACAUUGGAAGAAAAAAUAAUAGUACAACGUUCGGAAUUUUUUUUAAAUGCUCGUAAUUAAAUAAUCACAAAUUAAAUAUAUAUUAUCAAAAUUAAAUUAAAUCAAUGGGAUCAAUCAUUUGGAUGAUUAUUGCAAUAAAUUGUCAUAAAUUUAGGGGGAAGUUGAAUUGUACAAAUGUAAUAUAAAAUAAAAUUAACCAUGUUGAAAUAAUACUAAUUUUUUAACUUUCAUGUAAAAUAAAUACGCUAAAUUUAUACUCUUAAUUUUCUAUUACUAUUUUUUGUUAAAUUCUUCAUCAAUAUCAUCAUUACAAUUAUAAAAAUCAUCAUAAUCAUCUUCGGUAAACUCAUGAUUUUUUUCAAAAUCAUUAUCAUCAUUAUUAUCAACAGCAUCAUCUACGUCAAAACGUUUUUUCAUUUUUUUUCUUUGUUCUUUUCGUCUUUGAUUUAGAAAUUGCUUGAAUUCGUCUUGCCAUUCCUUAUUAGUUAAAAAAUUGAACUUAUCUUUUACAUCUAAUGUAGAAAAUGUAUUCAAGGUUGGUAUACUUAAUGUUUGUUCCUCUGUUUUUUUAAAUUUAUUUAACGAAGAUUUUAUCUGCGUAAGAGGAAAAUUCUUAAAUAUUACAUUGUCAAUUCUAAUAGUUAUACAUGUAUAAUAUAUAUAUAUAUAUAUAUAUAAUACAUAUAUAUAUAUAUGUAUAUAUAUAUACCUUUGACAUAAUUUGGAAAUGAUCUAAUCCAAAUACAUCAUGUUUCAUUACUGGUACAAUAACUUUAAAGUUAUCAUCUUCAUCAUUCUGUACAUCUUCAUUAUUGUCACAGAUUUUAGAGGCACUAACAAUAUGGUGUAUGGCAUUUGGAUAUGGAGUAGACACAUGA